AUGGCGUCCUCGGACACUCCUGCUCCUUGGGACUUGGGCGGUGGGCCCGAGCCCCACAAAUACGGGAGCUCGGCCGCACUGCGUGAGGCUCUGCCGAAAACGGUGGACUCGCCCCUGCAGCUAGCCGACGAAGUGUUGGAAGUGUCUUCUGAAGAUGACAAAGGCCCAGACGACGUGGGCUUGAGCUCGCAAGUGCAGGAUGCCGCCGUAGUGCAUUCUGAUGCAAAAAGCAGAGACGACGUGGGCUCGGAAGUGUUGGACGCCUCUGCCGUGUCUCUCCACACCGAAGAGGACCCAGACCUAGGCGAUCACGAAAAGCACGGGAAGGCAGGUCCCGAACCAGAUUGUGCGGCUUCUCAUAUCGCCAAGAGAGGAAGGGGAACCAAAAGAGGCAGGAACAAAAGCAAAGGCAGAGUCACGAUGUCCACCCCAGCACCAGACAGUCAAAUCACCGAGGCGGAGGAGCUUGCGGCCUUGGCCUCUGCAACCGUUCUGCCGGAGCCAGUUCCCGACGUGCAGGAUGUAUCACAGGCAAACUCUGACGACGAUACUCAUAGUACUGAGGGAAGCCAGGCCGGAGCUUGUUGGCCUGAUGCCACGGCCUGCCUGCAGAGGUUCUGGCCACAUGCCAGGGCUGCCGGCAUGACGCUCCUCUCGACAUUUUUAUCCCUCACAUUUGUGGUUACAAUUACGAACAUCGAUCCGGAAAGCUAUCAGCCCUGCAACGACCAGUCAGCAGCAGGCUGCGUUUAUCAGAGGAUUUUUCCUGCCGGCAACAUUGCCACAACACAUGGUUACUUUGCCAGUGUGCAGAACGGUCAUGAGGACGUCGUUCGCAUGACAAGGUUUGAGUCUGAGUCGUUCGAAGACACUCCCAAGUGGUGGAAGGACUUCGUGGACCUCCGAGCUGGAUUUUCGCACAUGACAGCGGCGGGUGCGGACGAGUCAUAUCAGCCACCUGCAUUAUGCCCCAACGUAACCGCUGAUGCAAUGCGACGGCUUUGCACCCAUGUCGAGGUGAAGGAAGGAGUCCAGAAUCACCUUCUUGGCAGCGGCCGGGAGUGGUUCCUGCGGUUUGCGACGCUGUGGUGUGUUCUGAGAAUUCUUCACGAUUGGUUAGUCAUCGAAAAUCAGAGGCAGUGUGCCGCAUACACAGCAUUUCUGUCACUCCUCGCCCGAGGGUGUGCCGCAUCGACAGCUGCAUACUGGGCUUUUGGCAGCACAUCAGUCUUUCUUUCCCCCGUCGAAAAUGAAGACUGCGCAUGCUUUUACCAAAUGCCGGCUGUACAGGCCUUGCUUACGCUAGUGACUCCCAUGCUAAUGCUGAAGGGCAGUUUCGAAGAACUCUUGGAUUGGCUGCGCGGUGUUAUUUUCGGGGACUACCUGCAUUUCCAGCCCCACAGGAUUCCACAUCAUGUUGAGCAGUCUUGUGGCUCCUGGAUGUCCGGCCACCUGAUGGUAUGGAGAAGGGAAGCUAUCGAGCCUCAGACCCGCAUGCGUCCGCAGGUGUACUUGCGCCUAGCACUAGCCUAUUGGGUGCUCGUCGGCUUGUGGGAGAUCGCGAGUUUCUUGAUGAUCGCGCCGCUUGCACCAGCCACACUUGUCAGAGCAGAGGAGGUCGUUCAGAAGUUCUUAGGCUCGUACUCUUCUGGUGCGACGAGUACGUUUUACACUCUGCUGGACUGGAUGCUUUAUUUCACAGCCUGGAGCUCCCUGCUGCCAGCAGCCUGUUUCGCAUAUUUAGUUUGGCUGUCAUACAAACAAUGGUCGGCUGGGUCUGGUCUGUCCCCCAAGCGACAAUCGGCAGCCUUUGUAGGCUUCUUUAGCGCAAUCCUCGCAUGCGCCUGUCUUUGUGCUUUCGUUCUCUCUCUGGGCUCUCCUUCAAGCAGCCUUUCACAACGUGAAGCCGCUGUGCUGCGUGCAGAGCUGCGAGCAGUUGGGCAGUAUGCGGGGGCGGCAUUCCUAUCACUCUUUGCGGUCGUGGCUGCAUCUUUUGAUGGCCUUCAAACCUUUGGGGUGCUUGGUGGCACGGGCCCCAUGAAGAUCCCUGGUGAUUAUCUGGAGUUUUGUCACAAACACCCUUUGCUUCUCCAAGCUUAUCCCGACAUGGAGGAGCUGAAGAAGGUUGCCCGGAAGCUGAAAACACGUCGACAUUGCGAGAAAACUGGUGAGACGAAGGAGGAGUCGGAGAAAUCGGAGAAGUCAGAAAAAGGGGAGGAAGAUUCGGACGAUGUUCUAAAGCAAUGGAAAAGCCAAGUUGAUCUGAUCUGGUUUGACCGGAAAUGA